UCCUGGAAGGACUGGCUGCGAGCGGGGCUGCCGACUUCCAUGGGACCUUCCCCGAAGAGGCUGGGGGCUGUGCGAGGCUGGCGGGCAGCUUUGCUGCCGCUGCCGCUCGGGAGAACUGACAUUUGAAGUAGGAGGAGAUCAACUAUUUCACGCAAGCAAGGUUUGGUUAUCCGGCUUUGCAGGUUUUCCUGCUUGAGUUAACGGCUGGUGAUUAUUGUGCCGACAGUAAUGUAGCUUUGUUCCCAAAUGUGUUUCUUAAAUGUGGGUGAGAUUUUCCAAGGACCCAGAGGUAGUAGCCUACCUCUCGUUCAGUUCAUGUGGAACUUGGAUUUCUGAUUCACCUGCUUCUCCUUUACAUCUCUUCAGAAAUUGUUCAUGUCUCUUUAGAGGAGUCCCUGAGAUGGCAGCAAUGGUAGAAUUCAACAACGUCCAUUCAGUGACUGAAAUGCCAGAAGGAGACGAUGCUAAACGUAGUUUCCAUCAUAGAAUGUUCUUGGAACCCCAAGAGAAGAAGAGGAGCAUGAAGGCUCUGAUGGUUAAGCAAGCAAAGAAAACUUGCAGCUGCACUCCAGCCAAAGUUAAAGACUAUGUUUUCAGUUUCUUUCCUGUCUUGCAGUGGCUUCCUAAAUACAAACUAAGAGAGUACCUACUGGGAGACAUAAUGUCUGGUGUGAUUGUGGGGGUGUUACUAGUCCCACAGUCAAUUGCCUAUUCUCUCUUGGCUGGGCAGGAGCCUAUUUAUGGCCUUUAUACAUCCUUUUUCGCCAGCAUUAUUUAUUUCAUAUUUGGAACCUCCCGCCACAUCUCAGUUGGCAUCUUUGGUGUGCUUUGCCUGAUGGUGGGACAAGUGGUGGAUCGUGAAAUACAGAGAGCUGGCUACGACUUAGAACCAGCUGCGCUCAGUGUCCUCACAGAUACAGCAGCGUAUGUAAACACCACCAUUUCACCUGUGAAUCAGACAUUGCAGAAGCUGCUCUGUGAUAAAAGGUGCUAUGCAAUUACAGUGGGAGCCACCAUGACCUUCAUAGCUGGAGUUUAUCAGGUGGCCAUGGGUUUCUUUCAAGUGGGCUUUGUUUCAGUGUACCUCUCCGAUUCAUUGCUGAGUGGAUUUGUCACGGGAGCCUCCUUCACCAUCCUAACCUCACAAGCCAAGUAUCUCCUGGGCCUAGACAUUCCACGGAGCAGUGGCAUCGGCUCCCUCAUAGCCACGUGGAUAAACAUUUUCAGAAACAUACACAAGACCAACAUCUGUGAUCUCAUCACCAGCUUCUUGUGCUUUCUUGUACUUAUCCCAACCAAAGAGCUUAAUGAAUAUUUUAAAUCCAGGCUCAAGGCUCCAGUACCAGUUGAACUAGUCAUGAUUGUGGCAGCUACUCUGGCAUCUCACUUUGGGAAGCUGAGAGACACUUAUGGCUCGAGCGUUGCUGGACACAUCCCAACUGGGUUUCUGCCACCCCGCCCUCCAGACUGGAACCUGAUUCCUAAUGUGGCCUUGGAUGCUAUCCCCAUAGCUAUUAUUGGCUUUGCCAUCACUGUCUCCCUCUCAGAAAUGUUUGCCAAGAAGCAUGGUUACUCCGUGAGGGCCAACCAGGAAAUGUAUGCCAUUGGCUUCUGCAACAUCAUUCCCUCUUUCUUCCAUUGCUUCACAACAAGCGCAGCUCUUGCCAAAACUCUUGUCAAAGAGUCCACAGGUUGUAGGACCCAAAUGUCUGGCAUGGUGACUAGUUUGGUAAUCCUAUUAGUCCUCCUUGUGAUUGCACCUUUAUUUUAUUCCCUUCAGAAAUGUGUCCUUGCUGUCAUAACCAUUGUAAACCUCAGAGGAGCCCUGCGGAAGUUCAAGGACCUGCCAAAAAUGUGGCAUUUGAGCAGAGUGGACACAGUGAUCUGGCUAGUUACUAUGGCAGCCUCAGCACUCAUCAGUACUGAGAUUGGUCUUCUGGUUGGUGUUUGCUUCUCUAUGCUCUGCGUCAUUUUCCGAACUCAGAGACCGGAGGCACCGCUGCUUGGCUGGGUGGCAGAGUCUGAGACAUAUGAAUCCCUGUCUGCUUACAAGAACUUGCAAACCAAGCCAGGGAUUGUCGUGUUCCGAUUCGAAGCACCCCUCUACUACAUCAACAAAGAGUGCUUUAAAUCCACCCUGUACAAGCAAACUGGAGUCAACCCAGUCUGGGUGAAGGAAGCGAAGAAAAAGGCAGCAAAAAGAAUGCUUAGAGAGAAAGAGGUGGAUUCUAGUGGCAACCAGACCAGCAUCUCCAUGGAUUUUGUCUCUGAACCUCUGGGGUUUCACACAAUAGUGAUUGACUGUUGUGCAGUACAGUUUCUGGACACAGCAGGAAUACGCACGCUCAAAGAGGUCUGCAAGGACUACAGGGAGAUAGAUAUCCAGGUGCUACUGGCCCAGUGCAAUCCUUCGGUGAGGAGUUCCCUGAUCCGAGGAGAAUUUUUUAAAGAGGGGGAGGACCACCUUCUCUUCCACAGUGUGCACCAGGCUGUGGACUUUGCAUUGGAUGCACAGGGGCACAGUGGGACCAGCGCUUCUAAGAACUAGCAGUGGAAAGGCAGCAAAUUGGAACAAAGCUUGGGAAAAAAUGGCUGUGGGUCUGUAUGUCUAUGCAAUAUAUAUGCACUCAGACAAAAAGAGGCAGGGUUGUUAACGCACUGGUUACUAUGCAGUCUGUUUUGAUGCUUUAAAUUUGCCUGCCUGGGUAUAGUGAUUCAAUAGGUGGUACUGAAUGAAGGAAAUUUCUUAACUUGAUUAUGGCCAAUCUGUGAAUCUAAGAGUUUUCAUAUGGUUGUUCAUCUCAUUUCUCUUCUCUCUUGAGCUUUCUGUGUCUCAGUUCCCCUCUGAGUUUUGAUUGUCAGCAUUGAAGUCUUUAUUGCAACCCUGUCUUUAUGGAUGGGACAGAAUUUUGAAGUAGUCUAGGCAUCCUGUCCAGCCAAAUAAUGAGAGGCAACUCAUUUCUUGUCCCUUGUUCUGGCAUUGCUUUUCCAUAUCACCACAGCCUUGUGUUUUCUACAGAAUGACUGACGGGAACUGUUUGCUCUGGUCUUUACUGUGGAGUGAUUGGUUGGUGAUUUUGUAACCUCCCUGAAUUUGAGACAGAUAGAUAAAUAAAAUCUAAACAUGCAUGAAAAGGUCUUAAUGAAUAGCUUCUAACCAUCUAUCACCUCCAGAGGCUUUGUCAUUGUCUGCUGAAAGCCUAAUGCAGCCAGGCAAUGGGGACAUGGUUAUCUCAUUUCUGCACAGGCCUUUACAUGCCAGGAAAGUUUGCCUCUUUAGCUUGAAUUUUUCUGGAAUUAUUUUUAUUCAGAGGUGGUGUUUAGAAGUCUGAUUCAUGCUUAUGGUCAGUUAUUUGUUUUCCUAAUGUUUAGGAGCUCUUUAGAAUUGUGGACAGUAGAUACGGAAAAUCUCUAAUUCUUGAGUUUCAAGAGAAAACAGUCCCUUAUAGCCAGUUUUAUAUGCCAGGCAGACAGAAUCACAGGCACCAAAAGGAAAAGGGCCAAAUAGAUUAUCCAGCAUCUGUCCAAAUUUGUCCAUGUCACACAGACUUUGUGUGCGAAUGCAGGUGUUAUUGACCAUAGACCCUUUACACAUAUUCUGUCAUGGACUUUAUGUAAUGGGGAUGGACAGGCAAGGAAUACAGCCAUUAGAAAAGGAGCCAGAGAAGUUCUUUGCUGAACGUUAUUUCACCAUGUUAGUGUAAACAAAACUUUGUACUUUGAUUUUACAUUAUGCAGAACAGUGAAGAGUACCUGUUCUUCAUGCUAGAAUACAAGCACCAGGUAGGAAGAGGUUCUCUUUUCUUACAUCAAUAGAAUACGAUUAUGAAGGCAGAAUUGAGACAUGAACAGUUUUUACUGAGUACCAGCUAUACAUAGCGCACAGUACAUCCUUGGAAGAUGGUGGUUUCUCCCAGGGGAGCUUACAGUCUGAAUUGCAGGUUCUUCACAGCUUUUAAAAGGGAAAAGGUGUUGUAUACAGACAAUAUUCUCAUCCUUAAUGGUUCAAAAAUAAUGAGUCAGGAGUCAAAAAAGGAAUAAAAUGCAAUAUGAAUCAUGAAACGUUCUAAAUAGAAGUAUAUUUUGAGUUUAGGUUUGUUUUCAUUUUUUUUCUGAGCUAGGACCAGUAACUAUUCUCUUCUUUCUGUGAAAGCUGAAAUGUCACGUGUCACUUCACUCUAGGAGCUGGGACCUCAAGAGAAGGGCUAGAUAGCAGAAAGAUGAGUCCCAGGACCUGGCAACCUUUAUAUAUUAACUCAUCUUACUACAUUUUUUAAUCAUCACAGGAGCAUAUAGAAAUACUGGGGGAAGUGGGAGGUGGCUGUAGCAUAUACUGAAAAGGCGCACAUAACUGAGAUCCAUGCAUUAUGUGUUCUAGAACUGGCAUUGUUAAGGCAACAAGUCUCCAAGUAUCGGAAAGAAAAUGCUUAAGCUUCUGCAGUAUUCAAAAACCACAAAUAUUGUUCUUUCUCAGCUUAAGGUGUGUUUAUACAAGGAAGUGAAUCCCAAAUAGCUACUGCUGAAUUUUUUCUUUCUGUGUGAACUUUUUUAUUCUGGGUUAAGAAUCCCGUAUGCAGUUUGGAUAAUUAUAAUUACUGAAUUGGUAUUACCAGAGUGGAUUAGCCUAAGCCAUAUAAAAGCAGUGAGUGGGAUUAACGCCUAUGUAGGGAGUGAGGGCAGGAUGGAAGUUAUGUUUUAAUUCCUCACCAUACCUGUUUUGCACUGAGUUGCCAUUCAGAGCCUGUGGGCUGGUGUCAGGAGAGAGCUGGCGCACCCACGGCGGCUCCUGCAGCUGGGUGCCAACUUGGGAAGGCUUGUCACCGCAGGGCUUUGCGCCCAGCCAAACUGGCCACCGGCGGGCUGGCUGGUGGCCGGGGAGCGGAGCAGACCUAUGCACGUGCAUUCAGCUGAUGGCAGUGCCGUGGCCUGGGGGAGUCCCUUUUCACCACGGUUUGUUCACAUUACCAGAAGGCAUCUCUAGGACUUUGAACGAAAGCCUCGAUACCACUUUUAAACGCUGAUUUUAACUGGUAUUUUUCAAGAGGGCUGAACAGUGCUAGAAGCAAUGCCGCCUUCUCAAAGCCCCAAUGAAGAAUUACAGCACAGCAAACAAUAAGCAGUGUACGUUGUUGUUGCAAAUGUUCCUGCCUACCCGCAGCUACUUGGUCUCACCCCUUUGCCCCUCAGGCACGGGCAGCUGAGAGGGGCAGGAGGAAUGAGCAGCUGGCCGGGGGAAUUCCUCUAAGGCAGGUCAGCCAUGGGUGGGAUGGAAGUAGAGCAGAAAUUGCUCUGGGGGAUUCUUUCCUCUUUACACUCAACUCCUCUCUCCUGUACUCUUUCCACGCUGCCCAGGUGGAGAUUUUUUGACCUGUGACCAUGCACAGGUUUGUGUAGCCAAAUUCCAACCAAGAAGGGGAAAACAGUAAUUAUUUAUUAAAAGAUGUUUUUUCAAAUCCAUUUCUACCUGUGCCAGAAAGGGAGGAAUAGGAGCAUUACUUCCAAGAAGUACACACUUUCCACAGCUUACAGGACAUGUAUUUGUAGCUCCUGGGUAUUUGUUUACAUAAAAGCACAAUAAAACAGCCAUAAAUUGAUUUUCAAAGAAUUAAUUUAGAUUACAGCUAAAAGAUAUACUGAAGUGAUUUAUGUUUAGUUAGAGCACAUUGAAUCUGGCCUCAGUGCUGUUUGUGCAGCCACGACUGGCAAUACAGCCUCCAAAUUCCAUUUCAAGCGAGACACGAGAAACCGUAUUAAAAUGGAACAGCAAAGGCAGCCAGCCAAGCAAAAGAACAACUUUUAAUGUUCUUAUUUAAGAUAACGUCCAGAGGUCAUAGUAUUAAUAAGUCUAUAUUAAUACACACAGCCCUGGUUAAAAGGGAACAGAAAUAAAUGCUAUUUGCCAGAGAGUUCAGUAUAAUAGAGAGUCCUUUGGAAUUAACUGAAGAUUAGAGCUUGUCAUGGCUGGAAUUUCUUAAAACAGUGGGUUUUCAGCUGUUUUCCUUUUAGAACUAGAACCAUUUUUUAACAGAGGCAUGAAUCUGAUUUGAGCCUACUGGCAAGAAGCAUGUUUUGCUUGAAUAUGUUUAUGGACCCUUUAGAAGUAAUCCAAUUUCACCUUUAGGAAUCAAGGACCACUGAUUGAAAACUGUUGCCCUAAAGAAUUUGUUUUAUAAAGGAAUUUCAUAUAUAUAUAUACACGCACACACAUAUAUAUGUGCGUGUAUAUAUGUGUGUUUGUGUACACAUAUAUAUAUAUAUAUAUCUUUUGCUGCUGUAUGAUGGAUGCAGCAGCCAUAUAUAUCCAGUUACACUUUUGUGAUACUCCUGUUGCUGUCCGGGAAAGGGCUCUUCUGCCUUCUACUGUUUUAAAUGAACAGUGGAAGACAUGUACUAGAUUUUAUAAGGGGAAAUCUGCCUUCUGUUAUCCCUGCCUCACAGCUUAAUUUGUAAUCUAUAGGAAGAGGGAAUCUCAGAAUGACUGGUUUUGGGUUUAUGCAUCUGUCUGGAACAGGAACGUUCAUCCCAGGUGCAACCUUCAGAACCCCAGGCCAGACUGGAAGAUGGUAUAAAUCAGUUGAUCUCCAUUCCCAAACGUACUAAUCAGCAAUUAUCACUCUAAAUGAAGAAUUAAGAGAUCAUUAGCGCAUUCAUUAAUGGCAACAACACAGCAUUAUGGAAAUUAACACUCACAGUCUCAGCUAUACUAAAGACAACUGGAAAUGUCUUUAGUAGUCUCCUGCUAAAUGUCAGGCUCUUUUUUUACGUUUAUUGCUGCUAUAGAUAGUACUGUCAGUUCCUCCUAAUGUGGCAGUUGCACUAAUAAAUGUUUUACUUCUGUGAAUGUUUUGACAUGGAAACAAUUUUCAGUCCACUUCAUAAAAUAGGGAAAGAUACUGCAGUGGAGCACAUGGUGCUUAUUUUUGGAUUUAUAAUGACAUUGCCAGCAUUAGCCUUGUGCGAUUUAGUGAUCUUGAUUUUCUUGUAAGCCAUUGCAGCUCCAUCUGCUCCUCUCUAAUUCAUUGCGAGACCAAUGUCCACCUUCUUGACACUUCUUUCUGUGUUUUGCCGUAAGAUAUUGCAUAUGAUUGACUGUAAAUAGAAGAAUCAUUGCCUUUGUGUAUGUUGCUAUUACGUGUGACCUGCUACUCAAUUUUCAUGCCAGAUCCUUUGAUAAACCUAAAGCUCCUGAACAGAGAGUGUAAAACCCAAAACCCCACCAGUCGUCUGGGUGCUGGAGCUGGGAGAAAGGGGACUGUGGACCACUGUGCAUGUCCCCCCACGAGCAGGCUGGAGCCUUGGCCCGAUGUGGGGCUGUGCGAGGGUUUGUGUAGCUGCAGGAGUAACGGUGCUGCCCAGGAACAACAGAUUAACCUGGAGAUGUCUUUAUUAUGGGGCUACUGUGACACUGUGUUACGCAGCCAUGUGCCUUUUUCCAUAAUGAGUGCAAUAACGCAGGACCUAGUUCCUGCUCAGUGCUGCUGCAUGAGUCACUGUCCUGAACUAUAUACAUAAAGGAUUUCUGUUUUCAUGCUUAUUUAUUUUUAGCUAAUUUUAAUCUAAGUCCACACAUGGCUCUCCCAGCCAGGACAGCAGAGCUUCCAUGACUGCUGUGCUCCUUCCCCGUCGGGCUGCGGUGAUGAACGGAAAGGUACUCUCUCUUGGGAAAAAACAGCCAUUCCUUUGUCUCUGCUUGCUUCUGCUGGCUUGUGCCACGAGACAUUAAAAUCCACUGCUGAUCGGUCUGAAGUGCAGAGGUGAGGUAUUGCAGGUAGGAAAGCAUCCUGGCUGCCGCACCGGGGUUUUAAGCCAGUUGAUACCCAGCUGCCUCCCACAGCCUUGUGCUGAGGUCGACCGUGAACUCUGCCUGUGCCAGGUCCUAGAUCUAGGUCUUACCUGGUGGGAUGCAGUCUUUCUGCGGCCGAACCUCCCUUGAGAAGACCAGCAACACUGUGCGUCUCCUUGGGUCCAGUUCCCUGAACCUUUCACCCAAGGGCUGUGCUAACUCGCUGUUCCCCACCACGCUAUCAGCUCCAGUGCUGCUGGUGCAAAGAGCUUUUAAGCAGGUUGAAGUCACGUCACCCACGUGUCUCCAUUCCAGAAACGGUGCAGGAACACCCAUGCUGGCCCUGCACACAGGCACGCAGGCAGGCGCGGGCUCACCCAGGCUCAGCGCUGACCUUAACCUCCCUGCGCUCCCAGCGCCGUGAGGAGCACGGCUGGGCCGUAGGAGACUGCUGGUCUAGAAGAUCAUAGAAACUGGAACAAGAGGAAACCCUUUGAGCUGAGGAUGAAACUCUUCAGGCAAAAAGUUUGUUUCAGGGCAUUAUCUUCUGUUGUGGUUUUUUUUUCACGUGCUUUGGAAAGGUGAUUUACGUUCUUUAGAUUUUUUUUUACUGACAUGGCUAAGCUAAUGAAGCUGUGAGGCAGAUAGCAGUCAUCUGCUGCUCAUGCCAUACAAGGUGCUUUGUGUCUGUAGCUUACUUUGCUUUACUGAGUCUCAGUGUAGGAUAUCGUUGUGAGACUUCAAUAUUGAUGUAACUGUCCACACCAGAAGGGCUUUGCACUUCUACUAUGCUGGCAUAGGUAAAAAGAGCAAUGUCUUUAGUGCAGACUUUGCACUGUGAAUGACCUUGUUAAGUCCCAAGAGUUACUUGCACUUGGUUAUCAUAUUUGUAAGCCUUUGUAGGAUCAGCUGCUCCUGUGAAAACUACCUGAUCUUAACUGUUUCAGACAAAUUCCACCUGAAGUGGAAAUAAUUCUGAGUCUUGCCUUUUCUUUUGAGAUCAUUACAAUGCUAAAAGUGAGGCCUCUGGUUAGGUAAAAUGGCAAAUAUUUAAUAUAUAUAUAUUUAGUUCAUAGUAUAAUUAAUACCUUUCUAUUUUAUUUUCUAGAGAUUGUAUAAGCUAAGGCAUAUUGCUGUUCUCUAAUGUGCAAAUACACAAAAUAUUUCAGCGUUGGAUGGAGAAUCAAAUCUUCAUUGAGUAAAUAUACUGCCAAAAAUAUUUGAAUUCCAGCUCUGUCCAGCUCUGAAAGCACUUAGCUCUUAGUCUGGCUCCCAGAUGAUCUGAGGACUCCAUAGGAAGAUAGGAAGCGAAGCAUUUAGCUGGACUUGGGUCCAAGUUUUUUAUGUCUGAUUUUUGACUUAAGGGAGUAAAUUUUAUGUAUAUUUGAAAUGCAGCUGAAACAUGCUUAAGGAGAGGUAAAGCCUCACUUUUUCUGGAAAGCACACGAUGCUUUGAGUUCAUCAGCCUCUUGAGUCCCUGAAGAUCAUGUCUGGUACCUUGGUAUGUUCUGGGGUAUGAUUUUUGAAUUAUUUUAAAUUCAGAAUAAUUUUAGAUAUUUGUGACAUAAAGUUUUCCAGAAUAAACAAAAUGGCAAAUUUUGCCUAGAGUAGCUUUUUCAAGUUGGAGAAUCAGUUUAACCAAACAGGACCUCAGGAAUGGAAUAUAUCACAUCAGUCGGCUGACGUAACCAGUUUACAAAAUAGUUUAUUUGAAUAAAAUGUGGAAAAGUUGUAUAGUGUGUGUAAAAAAUAGCCUUACUUUUUACUGUGACUUAUCUGUGCAGUAAAAAUAAGGUAUAACUUUUCCCCCAGUUUGGUGGCAGAAUCCAGGGUGCUGGGAGAGCCGUCUUGCUCUGUGGCAUCAGUCCGUGCUGGGUGGGUGUUUGCUGACGCGGACCUUGCCUUGCGCCCAGCGUGGGGAGAGAUGUGUUGCCGUCAGCUCCUUGUUGAGUGCUGUGCUCACCGACCAAAUGUUUGUGAUGAAAGUUGUGUUUUGUCAGUGUCCUUCUUACGUCCUACCAUCGGCUAUGGGAUAUAGCCCGUGCAUGUUGUUGACUCUCCUUUACGCUGUCUCUGUUAGAUCUGUAUCAGUUGUCAUUUUUAAACACUAAUGUGCCUUAUUGUCAUUGUAGAAGAUUUGUUAGCACAAGAAUUUUCUUUCAAAUGUGGUAAAAUCUUUGGGAUUUCUUUAUCACCAUUAAAAGAUGAUAUUUA